AUGGCAGCAAAGAAACCAUCGUCGGAAACCUCUGUGCCUUGGUCUUGUCAUCCAGUAUAUGCGAGAUACUGGCAGCAUUAUUAUCAAGCAAUGGCUUGGAUGCGAAGCCACCAGCAUGCCUACCGGAAGGCCAUGGAGUCUUAUUUCAGUUCCCCCUGGUACUUCCCUCCAGGAGGUCUCCCCCAGGGCCUCUAUGCUCCCAAAGGGAAAGCCCCUCAGUCCUUCUAUGGCCAUCACUGGUCCUCCCAGGACCCCCACCACGGUUACUCACAUCCUCCAAGGUCCGGGCAGCAUCCCCCCGAAAGCACGAGCGAAGACCAGUCCUGGACCACAGAAGAGGAGGCGGAGACCGACUCGGAGGAUGAGGUGGAGUGUGACCUGAGCAACAUGGAGAUCACCGAGGAGCUCCGCCAGUACUUUGCCCAGACCGAGAGGCACCGGGAGGAGCGGCGGCGGCAGCAGCAGCUGGACGCACAGCGCCUGGAGGACUACGUGAACGCCGACCACGACCUGUAUUACAAGACGCGCCGCUCCAUGGAGCCGCCCUCCGAGAGCCCCAGCGAGCGGCGCCAGGCCGAGAUGAAGCGCCUGUAUGGGGACAGCGCCGCCAAGAUCCAGGCCAUGGAGGCCGCCGUGCAGCUGAGCUUUAACAAGCACUUUGACCGCAAGCGGCCCAAGUACUGGCCCGUCAUUCCGCUGAAGUUCUGA